GUCAUGACUGUCUCGUGUACUUUGAUAACGACUGUUAAUGUAAAUGAUACUUCCUUCAUUUCCCAAAAUGCAUUGUGUUUCUAUAACUUUUGACCUCUGGAUGAAAACAAGCCGAUCAGCUGAUGUAAAUUGCAACAACAUCUACAGAGGGCUGCUGAUACAACAUAGCUUAGCUCAGCCAGCUAACUUCAUACCCGACGUUAGCUAUAUGUGGCAGUCGGGAGGAUGGUGCAAGACAGUAAACGUGUCCAGUUUUAGACCGUGUUGAGGCAGCGUUUUAGUUAACGAGACGCCUGUCGAACUGGUAGCAACUGCUAGGUCAGUGGACCGAAAUGAAGGUUGUUUGUUUGUUUCCACAAAAAUAUUUCUCUUUGUGUUGUAGCGAAUUUUAGCUAAUGGUUCUGUAUUAUUGAGUUUCACGGUGUAUUUUGGGGGCAUUAUGACGAGCAUGCAGGGCUAUAACUAGGAACUUAGCAUCGUCUGGCGAGCUGAAACGUUUCUAGAAACAAGACAAAAGAUAUAGGGCUGCUAAUGUUAGCUUGCCAGCUGUUAUGCCAAAACAACAAAAGUAAACAAUAGCCUGAGUAAGUGUCUUUGGAAUUGCUUGGCUUAAGAUUGUACAUGUUUAAGUUGUAAUAAAGUACUCAGUUAUACUUUUGACAGCAUUUCUAAAGAGUAAAUAUUAUAUAUAUUUUGUUGAACAAGAAGGUUUCCUGUCACCUGCUCAUAGAGAUUGACCUAAACAUGCCAUAACUGUACAUUCUUCACUUUUGGAAUACCAGGUUUAACAUGAGUGGUCAAAGUCCAGCAGUGGAUAAAGGAAUGAACACAGUCCUAGUCUGUCAAGAGAGUUACGCCUGUGGAGGCUCAGAUGAGGCUGCAUUUGAAUGUGAUGAAUGCGGCAGCUUGCAGUGUACCCGCUGUGAACUGGAGCUCCAUCGCCAGGAGCGUAUGAGAAAUCAUGACCGGGUUCGGAUCACACCGGGGCAUGUUCCCUUCUGUGACUCCUGUAAAGGUGACAACAGCUGCGCUGUCAGACUCAGAGCGGUGGUUCGCUGCCAGGGUUGUAAGAUCAACCUGUGUUUGGAUUGCCAGAAACGCACUCAUGGCGGAGUCAACAAGAGAAAGCACCCUCUGACACUUUAUCCACCUGCCAAAGCUCCUCAGGACAGCAGUGUAACUGCUGAGGAGUCAGAGAUGGAGAUCCUCAAAUCCAAGCUGGAGAAGGUGUGCAGCUUCCUCUUAGUUGAUGAGAAGGAGGAGAUGCAGGUGAAGGAUGAAGAGGACUUUGUCAACAGACUGGGCUGCAAACCAGAUGAGCUCCUUAAGGUGGUCUCUAUCUUUGGGAACACUGGAGAAGGCAAAUCCCAUACUCUAAACCAUACCUUCUUUCUUGGAAGAGAAGUGUUCAAAACCUCACCCACCCAAGAAUCCUGCACUGUAGGAGUUUGGGCAGCUUUGGACCCUCUUCAUAGGGUUGUCAUCAUUGACACAGAGGGAUUGCUUGGGGCUGGAGCUAAUCAGGGGCAACGAACACGUCUUCUCCUCAAGAUCCUGGCUAUCUCUGAUGUGGUUAUCUACCGAACACAUGCUGAUCGUCUCCAUGACGAUCUCUUCAAGUUCCUUGGUGAUGCAUCAGACGCCUACUUGAAACAUUUCACAAGGGAGCUGAAGGCGACUACAACCCGCUGUGGUCUGGAUGUUCCGUUGUCCACCUUGGGCCCUGCGGUUAUCAUCUUCCAUGAAACUGUCCACACUAAGCUCCUAGGAUCAGACAAACCAUCUGAAUCAGCGGAUCGUCUGCUCCAGGAGCGUUUCAGGAAACUGGGCCUGUUUCCAGAAGCUUUCAGUUCCAUCCAGUACCGUGGGACUCGGACCUACAACCCUCCUACAGACUUCAGCGGUUUGCUGCGCAGCCUGGAGCACCAGCUGGACAACAACACCACCCGCUCGCCACGUUCUGCAAGCGUCAUCUAUAAAGCUCUGAAGGCCCUGAGUGAGCGCUUCAGUGGAGAGAUUCCAGAUGAACAUAUGGCCAGUAAUUCCUUCUUUCCAGAUGAGUAUUUUACCUGCUCCAGUAUCUGCCUCAGUUGCGGGUCAGGCUGUAAAAGAAGCAUGAACCAUCUAAAAGAAGGGCUUGACCAUGAAGCUAAACAACGUUGCCGCUACUCUGCACAGUAUGACAACCGCAUCUACACUUGCAAGGCUUGCUAUGAAGGGGGAAAGGAAGUGAUAGUGGUUCCCAAAACAACAGCCUCUUCUGACUCACCGUGGUUUGGCUUGGCCAUCUAUGCUUGGUCAGGAUAUGUAAUUGAGUGUCCCAACUGUGCAGUGAUCUACAGAAGCAGGCAGUAUUGGUAUGGAAACCAGGACCCUGUGGAAACAGUGGUCAGGACAGAGAUCCAACACAUCUGGCCUGGGUCUGAUGGUUUUCUGAAAGACAACAACAAUGCUGCUCAGAGGUUGUUGGAUGGAGUCAAAUACAUUUCUCAGUCUGUGUCUGAACUCAGCGUCAAACCUGCCAAAGCUGUCACCUCCUGGCUUACCGACCAGAUUGCUCCUGCCUAUUGGAAACCCAACUCUCUUAUUCUGAAAUGCCAUAAAUGUGGGGAAGAGUUCCAGCCCAACGACACCAAGCAUCACUGUCGUGCUUGUGGAGAGGGUUUCUGCGACACCUGCUCCUCUAAAACCCGGCCAGUCCCAGAGAGGGGCUGGGGCCUCGCACCUGUCAGAGUCUGUGAUGCAUGUUUCCACGACAGGGGGAUCCCAACUGAGCUACUGGAUGCUGCAUUGGAGGAGGAAGGGGGCACCCUGAUAGCCAGGAAAGUCGGGGAGGCUGUUCAGAACACUUUAGGUGCUGUAGUUGGUGCCAUUGACAUACCUCUCGGCUUAAUGAAAGACGCAGCUCGCCCAGCCUACUGGGUCCCGGAUCAGGACAUCCACUCCUGUUGCGAGUGCCAAAGGGAGUUCACGCCACGUCUGUCCAUCCAUCACUGUCGCGCCUGUGGCCAGGGUGUGUGUGAUGAAUGUUCUCAGGAACGCCGCCCCGUGCCGUCCCGUGGCUGGGACCACCCGGUGCGGGUCUGUAACGGCUGCGGCCAAAAGCCUGGGGAUCUCUAGCAGGACAGGAAUUGGAGGUCAGAACAGGAUGGUUGAAGAUGCGAGCCGUCCUGAAAACAGGAAUGAAGGAAACAGGAAGGGAGAAAACAGACUUCUCUUUGGGCUUUUCUAGCAGCUUUUAAAUUGUGGCAAGUUGGACUCGUGUUCAUUGCUUUUUAAUUCUGGCCUCACAUCACUUCGGUCCCUUGAUUUUUAUUUCACUUUGAUAUGCCUCUAAUUUUCACUGUGAAGAAUACCAGUCAGAAUGAAACUUGAAUUUUUAAGAGGACAGGAGAGACUAAACAACUCAGAGAAGAUCAAGCGGAGUUCCAGCUGAUCUCAGGUGAUUUUCCAUGCGCCCCCUUUCGAUCCUUCCAAAUUGCAGUUAGGCACAUGAACCUUUUACCUUUUUUGACAAUCCUUGCCAGUGUUACACUACUACUAUCAGCACCUUUUAUCUAAUUUGGCGCCGCUCAUUUAAACAAUUUAUAAAGAGAAGAACUGACUGAUAUUAUACUGACUGUAGCCAUUUACAUGCCGUAAGGUGGUUUCUGCAGGAUCUUUGGAUCUGACGAUCGGGAGUUUUGAAGAUCAAAGAUUUUCAGCACAUUUAAUUUUCAUCCUUAUUCAAACAACUCUGGAGUUUUUCUUUUAUUCAACCCUGCUGCCACGCUUUUGAUUCAAGAUGGUGUAAGAAUAAUCAGAAGCCACUGGUGUACUGUAGCAUCAAAAUGCAUUCCAAAUAAUCUUACUUAGUUACAACUACCUACUCAAUCCCUUGAUCCUUUGUGGUUAUUUGUGCACUUGAAAGGGCCGACGAGUAAGCAGCCUUAAUGACGCUGUCCACGUUAACUACUUACAUUUGACAUGAAAUACACAUUAAGUAUUUGGGAAAUAGUUUACUGUAACAGGGAGAUGUUUAAAUUGUGUUUUAAAUGUGAAAACUACUAUCUUAACAGGACUAGUCUGACUGCAGCACGAUUGAAUAUAACAGGGACUGCUUUACUAAGAGUGGCUGGCUCACAGUAGCAAUAAGGUACAGAACAGUUGUUUGAGGCUGGCCCCUCAAAACAGAUGAUUUGGGGAGUAAUCUUUACUCUAACUCAGGCCAUGUGGCUAGUUAGCUUGGAGCUUUUAACGAGCUACAAGUGUUUGCAUGUAUUGCAGCUGGAUUAUCAGAUAAAUGUGGAUAUAAUGAAGCAAGGUUAUUCACCAAAUACCUAGGCUUCGUGAGAUUUGACUGCGGUUUGGUUAUAAAAUCAACAAUUAAGCUGAGAUGACUCGAGUCAGAAUUAUCUUAUCACUGCUUCUAUCUCAGAGGGAGACGAUCAUAUUACAUGGAUCCCAUCAAUAAAUUGUGUUCAUGUAUUCUUAUCAAGUAUUAAACUACAGAACCUCUAAUAUGUGUGUGUCACUUCAGAGGAAAUGGAUGCAACUGUUGAUUGUGUUUUCUAAAAUAUUUAUUACAGGACCAAGAUUUCAGAGUUGAAAAUGUGAUGAUUAAAAAUAUACACAUCAAUCAUCAUUUUAAAAAAUCUGGGUCACAAAAAUCCCGAAUUAAAUAAAAAAAAUUUUAAAAAUCAUAUCUUAGGUAAAUGCACAUCUAGAUAAAUGUAGCACUUCUAUUUCAUUUAGGCACAAAUCUGUCAAAACAAAA